CACUCAAAACUACCCUUGGUAUCGUCGUAUUCCUCCUGGCUGAUCUAGUGCUCAUAUGGGCUGUAAGGUACGAGGGCCGGGCGUCACGUGACUCCACACAGACAUGGCCGGUGCCAGCCAGGCGUCUGACUAAAGUCAUCAGCUGCUAGCUUCAAAAAAAAAACACAAAACACACAAUUUGUUCCGGACUGGGCAGUGCCGUCCCAUAUCCGCCUGUUCCAUCGCAUGACAUCAUCCUGCUGGGCUCGCCGGUCCUGCAGGCGCACGUGGGCCGAUGCCAUCGCAAGUAUAUGGGCACAAGAAACCUCUACUUUCGAAACACUCAGACUUUCUGAAUUCGCCUCGAUCAUGAAAGAAACCAGAUUCCACCCUAACAUCAUUAUCACAGGAACACCCGGGUGUGGCAAAACGUCGCACGCCGAGGCCCUCGUGUCGCACCUAAAAACGCCAUACAAGCACUACAACAUCAGCAACUUGGCCAAAGAAAGAAAGUGUUUCGAGUCAUAUGACGAGGAGUUCGACAGCCACGUGGUCGAUGAAGACAAGCUCUUGGAUUCGCUCGAGCCGGACUUGCGUGAGGGCGGUGCUGUGGUGGACUGGCACUGCUGCGACAUUUUCCCGGAAAGAUUGAUUGACUUGGUGGUGGUGUUGAAAACAGACUCCGACUGUUUGCACGAGCGCUUAUCUAAAAGAGGAUACAAGGACAACAAGAUCCAGGAGAACUUGGACUGCGAAAUCAUGGAGGUGGUGUGGCAGGACGCUGCCGGCGCAUACAUCCCGGAAAUCGUCAUUCCGUUGCUGUCUAAUUCUGUCGAGGACAUGGAAGAGAACGUGGACCGCAUUUCUGCGUGGAUCGACAACUGGAUCAAGGACCACGCAGAGGGCGUGACGAAUGAGUUGGACCCAAGCUUGGUGUCUGGGAGCGACAGCGACGAUGAGUCCAUGUGAAGGGCUCUAGAAGAAAGGAUUCUGGAGAAAGAGUUUGGAGAAAGAGUUUGGAGAAAGAGUUUGGUGAAAGAGUUUGGUGAAAGAGCCUGGUGAAAGUUCUGGUGCGCACAGGAGCUCAGUGAGCUGGGCAAUAGAGGUAUUGUGGUGGCUGGCCUGGUGCGUUGGGCUUGAGGCUCUAGGAGAUGGCGAGAUGCUUUAGUCGAGGCCUGGUACGGGGAUCUCAUGUCACAAUUCAAGGACCCCGUGAAAAUGACUCAUCGCUCUCCUGAAAGCCCUGUCCAGGGACCAGACAUCGGAGACAACUGUGGAGCCAGCUAGUGUGGAAGCCGUAGUCAUCGGUAUCUGGUCAAUGAAUAGCGUUUUAGCAUGGAUUGCAUUUACAGACGGGCGCUCCAGUCCUAUUUGGUUGUAGCAUUCAAACUAUAUUAUUCCCAGAAUCACC